AACCAAUUUCAUAAUUCUAAAUUCAAAAGUCAUAUUUUGUUAUAACUGCUACGGCCUUUGAGUAACUAAAAGCCAGGCAGCCAGCUCUGUAGUGUCCGUCAACGUUCAAACAGCUCUAGUCAAUAUAUCUCCAUUUGUACUCUGCUUCCAAACUUGAGCCAUGGAUGUUGGGGGAGAUAUGAUGCCAAAGAAGAAGAAAGAACCCACUGAAAAUGAGAAAAGGAGAAAGAAAAUUGUACCUGGGAGUUUGAUGAAAGCUGAGAUGAGACCGGGAGGAGGUGAUGCUAGACCAUCAGAUGGUGAUCAGGUCAUAUACCAUUGCACAGUUAGAACAUUGGAUGGAGUUGUUGUAGAGUCUACUAGAUUGGAAUAUGGAGGCAAGGGUACUCCAAUAAGACAAGUUUUGGGAAAAAGUAAGAUGCUUUUGGGAUUGGUGGAGGGGCUUCCCACGAUGCUUAAGGGUGAAGUGGCAAUGUUCAAGAUGAAACCUGAUAUGCACUAUGGAGAGGCUGAUUGUCCAGUUUCACCUCCAAGUAGCUUUCCGAAGGAAAGUGAACUUCAUUAUGAGAUUGAGAUGAUAGACUUUUCUAAAGUCAAGGUUGUCACCGAAGAUCUGGGUGUUAUUAAGAAGGUGAUAAAUGAAGGCCAGGGUUGGGAAUCACCAAGAGAACCUUAUGAAGUACAAAUCAGGGUUUUAGCAAAGACAGGCAAUGGCAAAGUAAUUCUCUCACAGAUGCAAGGAGAACCAUAUUUCUUUACUAUUGGGAAAUCGGAGGUACCUAAAGGUCUUGAGCUGGGCCUAGGUUCAAUGACACGAGAAGAGAAGGCAGUAAUAUAUGUUACCAAUCAACACUUAACUGAAUCUCCACUCAUGCCUGUGCUAGAAGGUUUUGAUGAAGUUCAUUUUGAAGUGGAGCUUGUCCAUUUCACUCAGGUUAGGGAUAUGCUGGGAGAUGGGCGCCUGAUAAAGCGUCGGCUUCGUGAUGGAAGAGGUGAGUUUCCCAUGGAUUGCCCUCUUCAUGACAGUCUACUACGGGUCCAUUACAAGGGUAUGCUUCUCAAUGAGGAAAAGCAGAUCUUCUAUGAUACAAGAGUAGAUAAUGAUGGUCAACCAUUGGAGUUCAGUUCUGGAGAAGGUCUUGUCCCUGAAGGAUUUGAAAUGUGUGUUCGUUUGAUGCUUCCCGGAGAAAUAGCUCUUGUCACAUGCCCUCCGGAUUAUGCAUAUGACAAAUUCCAGAGGCCAGCAAAUGUUCCUGAAGGUGCUCAUAUUCAAUGGGAGAUUGAGCUACUUGGUUUUGAGAUGCCAAAGGAUUGGACCGGUAUGGAUUUUCCAACUAUAAUGGGUGAAGCUGAGAAGAUUAGAAACACUGGAAACAGGCUGUUCAAAGAAGGAAAGUUUGAACUUGCAAAGGCAAAAUAUGAGAAGGUACUUAGAGAAUUUAAUCAUGUUAAUCCACAAGAUGAUGAGGAAGGGAAGGUUUUUGCAGAUACAAGAAAUUUGUUAAAUCUAAACCUGGCUGCAUGCUACCUCAAAAUGGGAGAAUGCAAAAAGUCCAUCGAGUAUUGCAACAAGGUUGUGGAUGCAAAUCCUGCCCAUGUGAAGGGUCUGUACCGCCGAGGAAUGGCCUACAUGGCAAAUGGGGAUUUUGAGGAAGCAAGAAGUGAUUUUGAAAUGAUGAUGAAAGUUGACAAAUCAUCCGAACCUGAUGCAACUGCAGCACUUCAAAAACUGAAGCAGAAGAAGCAGGAAGUUGAGAAGAAAGCACGUAAACAAUUUAAAGGACUAUUUGACAAAAAACCAGGAGAAAUUGCAGAUGUUGGAACUGAAGAUACAGAAGAAAGAAGUGUAAGUGAAAAUCAGAGUAAAGAGGAUCAGGAGGACUCGGAUAGGAUUGAGGAAGAGGCCUUGCUUCGAGAUGCAGCCAAUGCACCUAGGGUAGGCUGGUUCUCUAAUUUGUGGCCCACUGGUCGAAGAAUAUUUUCGAAUGUUGGGUUUCAAAGAUGUACAAUACUGUGACAUGGAAUCUAUAUUCAGGCCAUCCAACUUUUUGUAUUUCGUAGUCAUUAAAAUCUCCACGCACUAACCUUAGUGGAUAUUUAGUAGUUGUUAACUUCAAAGUUAAUGAACUUUGAAGGAUGAGUGUCAUUUUAUGUACUAUGCAAAUAGAUGAAGAUCGAUCUUAUUUUUGAAUUUUGAGGUUGCUAGGGUUUUUUUUAUUGGUGAAAGGGAAAGAAUCUUUGCAUUACAUAGAAUAGAAAAUUUGAAAGUCCAAGAGGACGAUCUAUUAUGUAACGGCGGAGGGUUAUUUUUUCCCCCGAAAAUUCUAUUUCUUUACCAUUUUAUGGUAACUAUGCAAAUAGCACAUUUUCAAUCGAUAUACAGUUAGAGAGCUA